AUGGUCGUAGAAACCUCAGAGGACAGCCCCUUUGCCGGUGCUGAAUCCAAGGCACGCAAAUGGCGCGGCAAACUGUUCUUUAAAGACAAGGGCCCCAAGUUCUCUCGAGAUGAACAGGUCGAUGACUUCCUGGGCUCCCACCGCUCCCCGUCCUGUCAAUCCCUCUCUAACUCCUUCCCACCUCCGCUACGACCCUCCCAACAACACCAAAACCAGCCGCAAUAUCAUCACCAAACCAACCCUCAUGUCAAUGUCUCCGUUUCACAUAAAUGGCCAGAUUUAAGCGAUUCCUUGGCUUGCUCCGAUACCCAAACCUCAAAAAUUUCCAAUUCGAUAUACCCGCCCAAGAAGCAAGGCCGUAAAGGUUUAAAGGUGACCUUUAGCAGCAAUGGGCCUGACAUUAUCGGGGAAGGGGGCGAUGAAGCUGAUCUGCCUACAAAAGAUGUUCUUCUAUAUCGAUCCAGGUCGCAGUCUACCACUUCAUAUGCCACAAAUGGGUCAUAUUCUCAAUCGGAGAAUGAUGACCCCUACGAGUCACUAUCAGAUUCCAAGGACACAUCUUAUAUGGGUGGAAGUUAUAACGGCCAAAAACCUCCGGAUGAACCAAGGGAGAAACCCAUACUGCUGAAGAAUGUCCAUCAAGCCGACUUCUUUCUAUCCCUUGGUAUCGAGAAUACCACUGGAUCUCGGCUGUCAUUCCGGGAAGACGGCGACCCAAACUCCUUUGCCCGCCGUGUUCAGGCGAAGAUGCGGGCAGAAGAAGGCAUAGCACUGCAGAAGGCACGGUCUGAUUCUCCUACGAGUCCUGCAAAGCCCGAAUUAAGAAGCCCGACGUCACAAGAGGGUGGCCUCCCGCUCCUACUACGCCCGUCCACGAAUCCUACUCUAAAUCAAUCUCAGGAAGAAAGCGAGUGCACCUUUAGUAGAGACAGUUUCUGGGGUGACUUUUUAUCCUCUUUGCCCGGCGCAAUUCAAUCCACUGGUGAUAAUAAUUCGUCGAAUGUUCGAACAACCGUAUCAACAAAUAUUACCGAUUCAUCGUCACAUCCAAAUACUCCACCCCCACCAUAUCUAAAAUCCUCACACGCACAACUGCAACCUGAACCCAAACAAAAACUCAGAGAAGCCCCACCUAAUACUGAUGGCCCUCAACGAACGAAUGAGAGAGGCCCAGCUUCUUCAAGGUGGAGGAACGUUGCUAAUGUGGUUAGCAAUGACACACUGUCUGAUUUUACCACAUGGGCUUCACUCUAUAACGAUAUAUUUAGCAAUGCUGCCGAAAGCGUCAAGCCGUCUAUGGAAACAUCCUUGACAGAGUGGGUUAGGGCGAGCGUAUGGUGGUUCUUAAAGGGCAGGGCUGAUGUUGAUGCGUCCAUACGUCAGCAGUCAUCAAGCGGUGGGAGGAAUUCUCCACCCAAUGUUGAUCAGACCCGACAGGGCGUGCUUAAUUUGGCAAAAGCUUGGUGGAUUAACCAACAUAUUGUUCCUCAACAUCCUGAGCUAUCUCGAUUCGGAAAUGUGAGCAUGGAGACCAUUGGUGCUGUAGUCAUAACUGCUGGCGACCAGAGGCUGAGGAGUCUAAUGAAUGUCCACCAGGCGAUUCUCAGCAACCUACGUGCGCUGGCUAUGUCGAUGAAGCGGAACAAUAUCCUUGCAACAGCCAUGGAACAAGUGGAGCUUUCUCGAGGAACUGAUGCAUCCAUAUGGGUACGAUAUCCUUUCUUUGCGCCCGACAUAUCCGCUGUUCUCUCUGGUCAGGUAACGCGGUCAAUGCUGGUGGAUACAGCACGAAAGGCAGCUGAAAUUGCCGAUGUUAUGCCGUUGGGAGAUUCGAGCCGCUCUUUCAGCUAUGGGAGGAUGUUUGUGCAGGCAUACCUGAGUUCCAGUGAAGAUGACUCCCAACAAUACCCGAUCCCUUGUGUACUAUCGAUUAUCCGAGAUCGAACUGAUUGGAAUGUAAUCGCAUCAAUCACGAGCCAAAACGAGCUUGUCAACCUCACAAUACAGGGGGAUAAGAAGCUAGGCCCCACAUGGGCCGAUGUAGAAUGGCAAGUAAGAAGUUUAUCAAUGCGAGUACGCCUCCCGCGCGGAUUUGAAUUGGAGGUCCAGUUCGAGCAACCGGACUUUAAAAUGAUAUGGCAGAUUGUGGAAUAUACCCGUAAAACAGAAGAGGCCCUAGAGCCGGCAGCGGGUGAAACACUUCUGUUCGAGGACGUUUUGAAAGUUUUUCAAUAUAUGGAUUCGAACCCCACCAAAGCAUUCCCCCCAGAACCCAGCCCGCGAUGUCGAAUACGCCUUUUUGAAAAAUCUGUGACGCUCUCGGAAGGCACUGGCACACGCAAGGCACAUAGGGGUUUCCGGUUUAUCGCCGUGUCGAGUCCGAAAGUGAAGACGCUCAGCAGUGUCACUCAUGAAAUGGGUAACGGCACACCAAUUGUCUUCGGCUAUCUACGAGGCGAAGAUGGCGCACCAGCUUUACUCUUAAAAAUACAGGAACCGGGCAACAGCGCUGCAAACCGCUCCAUGCUGUUAACAUUUCACGAGCAAGAAGAACGUGCCAAGAUGCACUCUUUGCUGCUUGGUAUCGCGCCGCUAGAAGGGGAGGUGAAGACUCCUGACAUCCCCAUGCGGUCAUACUCGAUAGAACAGCCCGCAGAUAAUGGACAGGGACUUCCAUUCUCCCAGCCCUCUUCUCUACUACAAUUUUCCGCACCGUCUGUGGCGGUAAUAAAUAACAACCCUAUCAAUCCCAAGCAUCCAUACAGUCCUACGGUACUGUCUGAACAUCUUCGCAUUUUCGUAACGUCAAACUGGGGUUCGGCGACUGAUAGGAUCAAUAUUGGUCCUGGGGAGCUUAAAAUUUCCCUCGAUGUCAAUAAUCCUACUGCGAUGAGUAUUCUUAGGCCACCCCACCAGGAUUUGGGGAUUUCUGUGGCGGAAAAUUUGGUGCCCCCAGGAAACCACAGACAUCUCAAACAACACCAAUCAUUCGACGAUCUUCACAUGUUCCAGCAAGCCAUCACGAACUUUAGAGUACUUUUUGACGGCUUCGCCUCCCUGUUCACAAUCUCCCGCCGUCGAAUGGUAGUCCCCAUCUACAAAAAAUGGGAAGCAACAAAAGUCCGCAUUCAAAUUCUCAAACAGGAGAAAAUUGUACAACUUGUGGCCUUCUUCCAUGACUUCAGCCACGGGCAGUGCAUGAACUUUGUCCUCAAGAGCACAGAUGUAUUCGAAAGCUUUAACCAUCGUUCUGGUAAAUUUGGUGUCAAAAUUGUCGAUGCCAAGUUCGCCUUGCCCAAGCCGGACAACGAUGCUGCUGCGGGCUUUGUAUGUCUAGACAUGCCUGAGUAUCCCGGGGAACAUGAUGAUAUUACGAUUGCCUUUGAUUCAGAGAAUGAUAGAGCGGCUUUUCAAAUGGUCAUACCUGGCCCAGUCAAGGAGCCAUCUAAGAUGGGAUCGCUUCGGAAAUGA